CCUAACUUUAAUCUUAACCCUAACCUUAUUAACACCUAAAAUAAUCCUGCUUUUAUGUCUCAUCAAUUUCUCUAUGCUAUAUUAUGAAUCAUCAUGCAUUGCACUGAGGUUUCAUCAUCCUGUCUCUCUAAGCUUGUGAGCCUUGCAGUUAUUCGGUGGAAUUUCAGACCUGUGGCAACCAGGGCGACGGGAUUUAAACAUGUCUGUUGUUAUUCAUCUGAGUCUGUAAAACGCUUUGAACAAAUGAAGAACACCUUAUCAAUGAAGGAGACUAAGGUGAAAGUAAACAAAUUUGACUCUGGGAUUAUCGAGGAUGGUUCUGGUUCAGUUUCAUUUGACAUGAUGACAGUUCAAGAACUAAGGUCAAAAUUAAGGAGUGUUGGUGUUUCAGCCAAAGGUUCUAAAAGUGAUCUCAUUUCUGCAUUGAAGGAUUUCACAGAGAAAACCCAAAUAAGUGAAGUUCAAGAGAAACCAAACUUGGUUCUUACAACUGAAAUGAAAUCAUCUAGAAGAAAGAGAAAUAUUUCAUCCGUUAAAGACGAAGAUAUGAUCAAGGUUCUAGAGGUUUCUGAUACUCAUGAGACUAAGAAAAGAGUAAAACAGGUGUUCACAACGCAGGUUCCAUCUGUGGCUUCAGGUGAGAAAUACAGUACAAGAAAGAGUAAAACAUCUACAGAAGCUGUUGAUGAUGUUGUACCUUCUGCCAAUGUUGACCUUUCUGGAGAUCAAAUUGAACCCUGGACUGUUUUUGCUCACAAGAAACCACAGAAAGGAUGGGUAGCGUAUAAUCCCAGAACAAUGAGGCCGCUUCCUCUUCGUACUGAUACGAAGUCCAUAAAGUUAAUGUCAUGGAAUGUCAAUGGAUUAAGAGCUUUGCUGAAGUUGAAAAGCUUUUCCGCUCAAGAACUUGCAAAAAGAGAAGAUAUUGAUGUCUUAUGCUUGCAGGAGACAAAAUUACAAGAGAAGGAUGUUGAGUCAAUCAAAGAGAGUCUUCUAGAAGGAUACGAGAAUAGUUUUUGGACAUGUAGUGUUUCCAAAUUGGGUUAUUCUGGCACUGCUAUUAUCUCAAGGUUAAAGCCACUUUCCACCAGAUAUGGUCUUGGUACAACAGAUCAUGAUAGCGAAGGGCGGCUUGUUACUGUAGAAUUUGAAACAUUUUAUUUGUUGAAUGCAUAUGUACCUAAUUCUGGAGAUGGCUUGAAAAGAUUGUCGUACAGAACUACACAGUGGGAUCUUUCUCUUAGUAAUUAUAUGAAAGAGCUGGAAAAGUCCAAACCUGUCGUAUUGACUGGUGACCUUAAUUGUGCUCAUGAGGAGAUAGAUAUUUAUAACCCUGAUGGAAACAAAAAAAGUGCUGGUUUCACUGAUGAAGAAAGACAAUCAUUUCAAUUAAAUUUCUUAUCUAAAGGAUUUGUUGAUACAUUUAGGAAGCAACAUCCCGGUGUUGUUGGCUAUUCUUACUGGGGUUACAGGCAUGGUGGACGCAAAACUAACAGAGGAUGGCGUUUGGAUUAUUUUUUAGUGUCAAAAUCGAUAGCUGAUCAAGUACACGACUCCUACAUCCUCCCAGAUGUUACUGGAAGUGACCAUUGUCCCAUUGGUCUAGUUCUCAAGCUAUAAAACCGGGGCAUGUUGCGCAUUUGUCUCAGGCUUUAAGCCCUUUGUUAGAAAUUAAUUUUUGAUGUGCCAUGUUUACACAGGUAGUGUUUACAAUAUAAUUUUGUCUCAAUUAAGGGUAGUUUAAGUGGAAUGAGUAUUAAUUAACUGAUUGAGCUCUCAAAUUUGAUUCUGGCUUAAGGUAUUAUUCUUGCUGAUAA